AUGUCGGCGAAGUAUCAAUCCUAUGCUGCCAUCGCACCGUCCCAGACGGACAACGCAUACAUCUUUGCGCUCGUGCCAACGAUUGAAAAUGGUCUAGCAGCCAUAACAUCUGCGAGUGAACUGCUUCUCGUCAAUCGUGAAAAUCUAUCGUCUUCCCAGGUUGUCAGGAUACAAGGUGCUCCAAGCGGCACUAACUGUUUAGCGUUGGGAGAUGAUCAAGGGAGCUCCGUAUUAUGCUCGGGAACUGAUGGUACAGUGACAGCUUUUGAUCUGAGAUCGCAAAAUAAGGCUUUUGAGUUCAAGAAUGACAGAGCGGUGACCGCAUUAGCUGUCAACGGCGCAAGCAUCGCCAUCGGAACCGAAUUCAAAGCGAACCAAGCCGUCGUGAGUCUCUGGGAUGCACGCCAGAACCGUAGGACAUGGCAAAAUGCCGAGAACAACGACGAAAUAACUGCAAUCGAGUUUCACCCGAGCAGAUCCAACGUGGUUCUGGCAGGUGGAGAUGACGGGUUAGUCAGUCUUUUCGACACCCAAGUUGUUGAAGAGGAGGAUUCGCUACUGCAGGUAAUCAACCACGGCCCAAUCCACAAAGCUGGCUUUCUAGGCGAUGAUCGAAUAUACGCUCUCAGUUCCGAUCAGAACCUUGCUGUACAUCCAGUCUCGACCCCAGGCGAUGAGGAAGAUCCCCAGCCAACUCUGUUUGGUGACCUGCGAUCUGUAAUUCCCUGCCAAUAUGUGGUUGAUGUCUUCAAAAGUGGUCAUGACUACGUGAUCGCAGCUGGAACUAAUAUUGAGUACGUCCAGUCUGCGACUUUGUAUCGAGAUCCUAAUGUAUAA